GGUGGCGUAGUGCGACUGCGCACUGUUGACGUUAGCGGAACUAAGUUACAAGAGAGAUUUCCAUAGAAUCUUCGAUGCGAGAAAGACCGCCUGACACAUCGGACCGCUCCUGUCAGUUUCUCUUCAACCGGUGCUGGUGCUCUCAAUAAAAGAUCUCCGUUCACAUUCCUAAGAAAAAAUGGCUCCAAAACAGAGAAUGCGUAUCGCCAACGAAAAGGCAACCAAAAACAUCACGCAAAGAGGGAACGUUCCAAAAUCUUCGAAAGUGCAAGAAGAAUCGAGUCCUGUAGGACCCUGGCUCUUGGCACUUUUUAUUUUCGUGGUGUGUGGUUCUGCCAUCUUUCAAAUAAUACAAAGUAUAAGGAUGGCAUAAUUACUGAAUAAUUCAAGAAGAAGACUACCUAUCUCUAGUAAUAAAUAAAGAAACUCUACCAACUCGUUUAAAACAUCAUCACCUCUAUUUUAAAAAUUGAACGAUGGAUUGACUUCAGGAUUCUCGAACUCAAGAUGACGCUUAAAAGGGCUGAUAAAUGUGGCGUUUCCUCUUUCAUCAGCCCAAAGAUUUAUUUAUAAAACGUAGCAUUUAUAGGCGUUUAUUAUGAAUGAAGGAACUUUUUAACGUCUUGCAAUUUGGCACGUCGAUGAAACAAUCUUCAGAUUUUCCAUUUUUUCCUCAGCAAUUCUCCCCUGAAACUUAAAAAAAGAAUGACUUUUUAAAGAAUGAGAAAAAUCCCGAAUUUUGGCUUCCUUUUGAACUUUCUGAAAGAAUUUGCGACUGGAAUUUUUUCGGAUUCUUCCAUCGACGUUGGUUCUAGGUAGGACACAAUUGUAUAUAAGUAUUGAUAAUAUUAUGUAUUUUCAUUCAUCUAAAGCAUUCCAUUGUAAACGGAUGGCGACUGUUUUUUUAUCGAGCGAUCGAAUUUUUUGAUCAGUAAAGUCACGAAUGUUUCUCUAAUGCUACAAAUAAAAUAUUCGAGAAUAUAUUUACAUACAACAUUUAUCGUAGAUUCAAAUAAACUACUCUGAGAGAAAAAUUA